AUGACAACUGAGGAUAAAGAGAACAUCGAAAUCGUAAAAGAUUCAACGGAGAGGGAGGACGACGAAAAUGAGACUAUCGUAGACAACGAAAACCCGACUUCCCCGGAUACGGUCGGGACUGCAGACAAUGGAAACGAACAGGAAGAAGAGGAAGAUGAAGCUAAAUCGGGUGAAGGCCGUAUUGUCGAUUCCGCAUUUACCCUCACAUUCAACCCUGUCUACGAUAAACUCAAAGAGGCCGUUAAAGAUGCUACGAAUACUGGGGAAGCCGGCAUAGAUGUGAGAUUAGGUGACAUUGGCGCCGCCAUUCAAGAAGUCAUGGAAAGCUACGAAGUGGAAAUUGGAAAUAAGGUGUAUCAAGUUAAACCAAUUCGCAAUUUAAACGGUCAUUCCAUUUUACCAUACACAAUUCAUGGCGGAAAAUCUGUUCCCAUUAUAAAAAAUAAUGAUGAGGGUGAAUACUUUGCUAUUGAAACUUUUGGAAGUACUGGAAAAGGUUAUGUCCAUGAAGACGGCGAGUGUAGUCACUAUGCAAAACGACAAGAAGCCGGGCACGUGCCACUUCGCCUCGCGAAAGCAAAGAGUCUUCUAAAUAAUAUUAAUAAACAUUUUGGGACGCUACCAUUUUGCCGUCGAUAUCUUGACCGCAUCGGUGAAUCUAGAUAUUUGAUGGGAUUAAAGAAUCUAGUGGACUCCGGUAUCGUGGAAUCCUAUCCACCAUUGGUCGAUGUCAAAGGGUCUUAUACCGCUCAAUAUGAACAUACAUUCAUUUUACGACCUACAUGCAAAGAGGUGGUUAGUCGAGGAGACGACUAUUAA